CCCAAUUUCACUGCCUCGCAGACCUCCAUUUCUCCUGGCUAGCAUCGAGGCUAAUGAGCUUGACCAGACUCUGAUCGACACUGGUGGCCAUUACCGCAAUUCAAUCACCCUGGUCGUGUCUAGCCUCGAACUUCCGCAAGCCUCAUCUCUCACCCCCGGUCCUCAGUAGUCCAUUUUCCAAAGGCCUAGUUGGUCGGGUGGAAAAUUAUGUCCGGCGUCUAACAGAUGUUGCUCCGUUGCUAGCUAAUGGACAGUGUCAUUUCGUUUGUUUGAACACCAGAAGCGACCUCGAACCUGUCCUCCAUCUCGCUUGAUCACCACGUUUGAUUCCGGGCCUGGUGACCACUAUCUUUAACGGAGCCAUGUCCCAGCUUGUGUUUCGAUAAUCCUGUUGGACUCCCUCGUCGACGUUUGCGCAGGUCGAAUACCUCUUACGAGCAGGAACAUAACAAUUGAAUGAAUUCGAGAUAAGUGGAAAGGCGCAAGGACAAGCCAGGAACACGCAGGAACGCCUCGAGCGAGCGGAAGGAACCAUGCAAGCGGCCCCAAGAGAUGCGAAUGCCUCCCCUGGCAUCAAAUGCUCGAACUGCGGUCAAGAUAUCGAUAUGGCAGCAAUUUCGGAGCACAUAUGCGGAACAAGCACACCAGCGGUAUCUCUACCUCCACCAUUUCUCCCUCGAACAGAUUCAUCCCAAAGCUUGGGCAAGCCGAGAGUAACAAGGCCUCCGUUACCAAAGAUUGAUGCUGCAGCUGCUUUUCGACCACCAGUCUUUCAAGGCGAGCUCACCCCGGCAAGCAGUGGACACAGCUCAAUGGUUUCACCGUUGAGUGCGACUUCCGGACCACGCUCACCAUGGCCCGUAGUGCGCAAAGGUUCGCUGUCGGUCUCACGCCGGCCACCAUCUCCAGAACUCACGAACCUCGACUGUGCCUUUCCCCCCUUUCCGCUCCCAUCACGGUCCACCACGACCAAAAAAAGAGACAGAUCUGCCACUCAGAGAAGCGACACGCUCCGUUCACGGUCUCGAGACGCUUCUACAUCGUCGAGGCAGCCUGGCCGCAUGGGUCAAUUGUCAAGAGCAGGGUCGUCAAACAACCUCCCGCAGACCGCUCUGGACGCUCAGCUCACAGAUAGACGCCGACCGUCGACGCCAUCAAGCAGAAAGGACUCGGUGAGCACAAUGAGCGACAGUCGCCAACAAAGCCGUCAGCAAAGUCUCGAAAAGCUCCCAGAGCUUCAAAUCACUUUGUCAGAAGAACCACGGCCAAUGACGGCGUCACCAACAAAGCCCAAUGAGAUAUUUCAGGCCCCGAGAAUGCCACCACCACUCUUCAGAUCUAAUACAGAGCCCUCUUUGCAAUCAUCACCACUCGAUCCAGGUCUAAGUGCCUUUAAUUUCGGCACCAGCCAAAAUACUAUGAUACAACCAACCGAAACUAAUAACGAUUUAAUAUUUAAUUCAUCCCGUAUCGAGGAUAAACCCAGGCUGGACAGCCAGCCCUCAUACAAAUCUAAAGCACCACCUCCGAUCUCUGGCCAACCGACACUACCUACUCUCAGCAAGAUGAGAUCGCCAACAGCACCGCAGCCUGCCUCACCUGGUGUAUUUUCAGCCACCUUUGGGAAAAUCUUUGGUCGCCGCCCGUCCCAGUCAAUUAACUCUCGACGUUCUGUCGUAAGACAAGCUCUGAGUGACGAGCCAGACAUCUAUGAGGAUCGAGCCGACAGCCAAAGUGUGUUUAGUCCAGAUAGUGAUAGGUCCUUCCUGACAGCUGAACCAUCGCCAAUGUUACCGGUUACUCCCCUGACCCCCGUGCACGAAGAAGCUCUGAAGGCACUCGAGGGAGAGAUACCUGCUCCGACGGUUGCACCUGUAGUAGUUGUCGAACCUACAACAGAACAAGAGGCCCACGAAAAUGCCCCUGUCACACAAUUCGAGCCCGUCAAGCACCCCCGAAUUUCAACAAUUGUGGAAGAACUUCCGGUCCGCAUGACAGCUCCAGAGAACGACAGUACGCGGCGGGACUCUAUCGACUCUGCUUCCUCCUACGGCUCGAUUGGCUUUUCCGAACAUAGUUCCAGCUCAAGGUCUAGUUCGCCUCAGACUGAUUCUUUGCACCUUAAACCCUCCGACCCGUCGAUUUCCGGCCAGCUGAAGACGGAAGAUGUCGACAUCCCAGCACCACUGCGACCGCGAAUGCCACCCGUUCCUGUAGACGCAGCCACCGAGUCCGCUUCCCAGCAAGAUGAUUUGGCCCGACCCGAGGACCUAAUCAAGCCUGAUGUUUUAGCAUCCCGGGUGCCCGGGUUAAGCCCCACGCUACCGAACAUUUCCACAGAACCCGUGCCAUCUGAAAUGUCAGGGCCACCCUUGACGCCCAAAGCCAAAAGCACUACCCCCAAUAAGGGUACAUGUCGAGGCUGCUCGAAACUGAUCCUGGUUACGCAAAAGUCGGUUUCCAGCGCGGACGGAUUGCUAAGUGGUAGAUACCACAAAGAGUGCUUUGUCUGCCAUACCUGCAAGGCGCCAUUUCCAACUGCUGAGUUCUAUGUCCACAAUGAUCAUCCUUAUUGUGCCCAUCACUACCACGAAUUAGAGAAUUCACUAUGUGCUACAUGCGGCAAAGGAAUUGAAGGUCUGUACAUGGAAACGGCAAAUGUGGCGGGUCGAGGCAAGGAAAAGCACCAUCCCGAGUGCCUGAAAUGCACCACUUGUCAUGUGCGGCUCGAUCACGACUACUUUGAACUUUCCGGCCGGGUGUACUGCGAAAGGGAUGCGUUCCGACUUGCCAGCCUGCCCAAAUCUCGAGACAAUAUGCCCAGUCGGCCUAGCCCCUUGAUCCGGGAAUACAUCAGCAGCGGACAAGAUCCGGGGAUGAUCAAGGGAAGAAACUUCCCGGAACGGAGGGUGACCAGGUUGAUGAACAUGACAUGAAUUUAUGUAGUCAAAUUGCAGUACAAUACGAUUUAGCGGGUGGCGCGACUGGGAGCGUUUUAUAGGGAUAGGACUCUUCUUCAUUCUUUGGACUGGGCGAUUAUGAUCUGCUGGGCAGAAUGUCAGAGUGGUUCGAGGAUUGCACGACGGAAAACGAGGAUUCAUGCUACCAACAGAAUAUCAGAAUGCGUCCUGCAGGACUCUCGCUCCUGUUUGUUGUUGGGUGGAUCGAGUCAGUCGAGCAGCGGAG